AUGUCUCUCGUCCACCUCGCCAACACGUGCUCACAUCUCCAAAAUGCGUCUCGCGCCCGCCUCGGCCUGACGUCGAUCCCGGACACGAAAUUCCACCUGGGCCUCAUGCUCGCCCUCCAGAACAGCGGCUUCAUCUCGACCGUGGUCCGCGGCGGGCCCGAACCGCCUCCGCCGCACAAACUCCUCUCACACCCGAGCUCCUCGGACCCGAACCACCCCGUCGAGCCCGUGACGCGACACAACAUCUCGAGCCGCAGGUUGUGGCUGGGCCUGAAGUACUGGGAGAGCGCGCCGGUGUUGUCCAAGAUGAGCCUCGUCAGCAAGCCGACGCGGCGGAUAUGGAUGGACGUCUCUGGGCUGCAGAAGAUCGUCCUCGGCAAGACCAGUGGCUACGUCAAGGGCCUGACGAGGACGGGAGAGUGCAUGUACGUCAGCACGGAUCGGGGAAUCAUGGAGGCCAGAGAAUGUGUCGAAAGGAAAUUGGGAGGAAUGUUGAUUUGUAGAGUGCGAUGA